AUGUCCGAACCACCACGGAAACGCGCGAAGUUGGCCUGCGUGACAUGCAACGCGCGACGCGUCAAAUGUGAUGUCACGGACCGACAUCCUUGCAGUAACUGUGCAGCCGGCAACGUCGAGUGCGAAACGCGUGAAUCAAGGCGUGGAAAGCAUAUUAGGAAGCCGCGAGCGGAGACUGAGGUGCGCAGCAGAACUCCACCAAAUGUAUCAGCCAUAAGCCCACAGCGACACGAGGACGAGGUGGCUGCGUCGCACGUGCUGGCCUCGCUAUCGUCAAAUUUCCAUAGCCCUGUCAACACCCAUACACCCGCUUCCGGAGGCCAAUAUCACCUCCCAACCCCGUCAGCGCCGUCAGAUCUCAACAGCAACCAGUCGAAAGCGGAAUCUAUUCAUCAAGAAGAUGCCGUUUUUCUUGGUGAAUCCAGCUCAUUGCGCUAUGCGGUGGCAGCAGAGCGGCGGCAGUCCUGCUUUCGCCAUGCCGUCCCCAGUGCUGCAAGGGCGGAAUCACUCGUACCCGAGUGGGAAUCUGAACGACGUCUUGCGCGAAGGAAGGCUCUGCAAGCGGAAGGAGCCUUUUCAUUCCCUCCUGCUGAGGUCCGACUUGAGCUGUUGGAGGCAUACUUUAAAUGGUUUCAUCCGCACUUUCCAAUCAUAGACGAAGAGGAUUUCUGGACCGGAUACCGAGAGUUCAGUUUCUCCGCCUUGCUAUUACAAUCUAUGAUGUUCAUCGGAGUAAUUCACUGCGAGGAGUCGACUCUCAAUCAUCUUGGGUGGGGAAACCGCCAUCGAGCCAAAUGGUUCUUUUACAUUAGGGCCAAAGACAUAUAUGAUGCUACGUUUGAGACCAAUAAGAUCAUCGUCAUACAAUCUCUGUUUCUGAUGAGCUUUUGGCGAGCUGGUGCGUUAUUGGAGAAAGAUGCGCGACAUUGGCUAGGCACAGCUAUUAGUCUCUCCGAGACAAGAGCACUGCAUCGUUCCGGAGGAGAUACCGAAGAGAGUCUCACGAGGGUCAAGAGGAGACUUUGGUGGGCUAUCUACGUGCGUGAGCGUCAAUGCGCAUCGGCUCUGGGGCUACCGUGCCGCAUACGCGACAAAGAUUGCGAUAUCGAACCGCUGUCGUCUGCCGACUUCACUUCCGCUUUUGCGGCGUCCACUCCUGUGGAAGACCGCCAUCGUUAUACCGUUUACGCAAUAAGCAUGGUACAGCUGGCGGUUUUCUUGGGCAGGGUGGUAGACGCUGGUUAUUUACCGAAGCGCACACUCGCACCCGACGAAAGGAUCAAGCUACGCAAUGAGUUAUACAAAUGGAGACAAGACCUCCCAAGCGUUAUGCAGCUGCAUACCGACGCCGGUGAUCCGCCAAACUUCCAAGCCAGCAUGCUCCAUCUCGCAUACAACAACCUACUCAUUUUACUCCACCGCACCAACUUUGUUUUAGACGAGAAUAGUAACAUGGCGACAGACGGAAAUGUCGCGCUCCAGGCCGCAGCCCGCAAUUCGCGUAUAGUCGAGGAUAUGCUGCCUGACGGCAACAUUGGGCAUGCUCAGAUGCAUGUCAUCACGAAUCUAUUCAACACACUCUGCAUUCACGUUGUAAACUUCAGGCGCUCGAGCGGCAUCAAUCGCACGCUCGCUGAGCAUCGAGCCAAGUUAUGUUUAUUGGGUUUACAAGAACUUCAGAAGACAUGGGAAGUGACCAAUUGGGUGUUACAGUUGUUCUUCCAAUAUCUCGAUAGAGAAACGGCUUCAAGGUUAGCCAUGGAAGCGGAUGAUACUGGUUCCCCGAACAGCACUGGCCAGUCCACCUCAGCCGGUACUACCGCGCAACUGCCAUCGCAACACCAAGGCGUCGAUAACAAUCCGAAUCGCAACACGCAAUAUCUCGAUGCUCCAGCGUCUUCCACGACCAGUCCCAAGCCCUGGUCGUGGACCCUAGACGAAGCCGACCAAUAUCUCUUCACGCAGAUCGAAAACGACUUUGCCUUUGGAGAAGGUGCAUUGCAACAAUGGUGUCCAGAAGAUCUCCUGCCAACAGAGUAG